GAGAAAACAACAGGCACACAGCUGGUGCUUCUGCGACAAGCCGCAGCCAGAUCCAAGCUGGCUCGCUUCGGCACAGUAUGCGGACCCCGGCGGCCAUGAUUGUGGGCAUCGUACUAGGUCCCUGCGGCCUUAUCCUGAACCUGACCAGCACGCUGGCUCCCAACUGGAGAGACGUGAGUCGGAUCCCUGACAGGGCUUUUGACCUUAUCCAGCACCAGGGCCUCUGGGACAUCUGCGAGGAAAGUGAAAGCACUCACCAGACCCAGUGCAACAUCCAAGACAGCCUCGGAUACUAUUCCCAGCAACCCGUGCAAGUGUCCAAGGGGCUCAUGCCUUCGUCUCUAGCAGUUCUCGUCCUUGGGCUGGCUGUGGCUUCGAUGGGCGUGCGCUGCUGGACGGAAACACCCCACUUCCUGCUGGCUGGGCUGGGCGGCCUGUUGCUUUUCAUUUCCGGGCUGCUGAGCCUUAUUGCUGUCUCCUGGUACAAUAACGAACUCUACAACCUCCCCGCCACUUCUGGCAGCAUCCUGCAGGUAGGCUACUGCCUGGUCCUUGGUUACCUAGGUAGCUGCCUGGAAAUCAUCGGGGGCGUCUCCCUCACCAUCAGCUUUCAUCAGUGCUGCAAGGAACGCAAGCUAAAGAAGGCUGCUACGAAUUACAAUUAUCCACCUGCCAACAAGCAGGUCCCGGCCAUUGCUUCCUCCAUUGACAACACAGAUUUCGAAAUGCAUUACAGGACUUCGAUGCCCAGGUCGUACACCAAUGCUCUCGAUGUAUUGGAGGAUGAACGUGUGAGUAAGUACAGCUAUAGGAGCAGGCUGCCCUGUGAGGAUGAACGUGCGAGUAAGUACAGCUACAGGAGCAGGCUGCCCUGUGACUCAGAUUUAUAG